CCAAUAAAAUGACAAUAAUAUAUAUAUAAAUUGUCAGUGUCAAAAUCGCACAUGUUCACUGUGAAAACAUACAUUCACUCAAUCAGUUUGUUAUUGUUGAAUUAAUCUUCUGAAUUGAAAAAUGCCACAAGGAAAGUUUAAGCUAAAGACCAAGGUACCGAAUCAAAAGCAAAAGCAAAAGGGCAAAGCAUUCACAAGGCGACCAAAUGCUCCGAUUCAACCAAAGAAGCAGCAAUUUACUGAACAACAGAAACUCAAGCAGAUGGUAUCAAAAAAUGUGAAUCGCGUUGUCGAAGAUGAAAUUCGGGGCCGUGCCAAAGAAGGGCACAUUAAUCUCAGUAAAGCACAACAGGCUGUGGCCAAACAACAAAAGGAAAAAACAAAUACCAUCGAGGCCACAACCAGCAAAUAAUUAUUUAAAGUAAAUAAUUCAAAGAAAUAAAUUGUAAUGUGAAUCCCAUUCACUCCAAUUAAAUAUCAAUAAGAAAAUUAUGGCAAAGACAAUUCCAAAUGUUGAAAAAUGAA